AUGGCGAUGCCUUCCAGAAAAUCGAGGAAGAGAUUGGCGUCUCGAGCCGAAGAACACCAGGGCGGCAAGAAGAAGGCCCGAAUCGAACAAGUCGCCUACAGCGACGAUAGUGAUUACAGGCAAUCCAGUGACGACAGCGACGUCGAUACUGACGGCGACCUGGAGAGCUUGAUAGAUCUGGGUAUAUCCAAUGGCAAAAGUGCUAAGACCAGCGCUACGGCCAAGAGAAAGACUCCAGCAACAAAGGGCAGGACAGCCCAGGAGGACCUAGAGGAUACUGAAGAGGAUGACGACAUGGAGUUGGGCAGGGAGGAGACUUCGAAAGGCAAGAGUGCUAAGACGAGCGCUAUGGCCAAGAAGACCUCGUCAACGAAGACAAAGGGCAAGACAGCUCAGGAUGAAGAACGUGUUUGUGAGGGAAAGUCGCCGGCCUGGGUCAACUUCGAGACGAUGUUUUUCGGCAUCGUCAACGGGCAGGAGAUCUUGCGUGCCUUCAAUCAGAGGUUCCCGCGCCUCAAGGCCGAGGAGCUCGACGACCUGCUGCCAGACACUAUACCCGACGAGGCGUACGAUGAGGACUGGACGGCCGAAGACGAGGUCAGCCUCAAGAGCAAGUGGCAAAAGAACCCUCAGCGCACGAAGCUCAUCGACUACAAGGACUCGACGCUGCCGAAGCUCUUCCGGGCCACGCUACGGAUUUUUCACAUGGCACCAUUCGAGAUCGUCUCGGCCAAGUAUUUCCUCGGAUACGAAGGCAAGUCCGCCAACAAGUCCCAAAAGUGGACAACAACCUUCUCGCAGUACAUGUACGAGCUGGUGGUGCAUCCUCUCUGGAAAUUCGACAUUAACAUGUUCAGGACAGCCAUGCAGUAUGCCGUCAUCUUGCGCACUCGAGACACCCGCACGUGGAAGCUCGUCGCGCCAAACAACGACGUGUUCUUCCAGGUCUUCAAGCAGGUCAUUGCAGACUUCAAGGGCCAGGAUAGGCCUAUGACGGAGCACCACUCAGAGGUUAGGGAACGCCUCCAAAGCCGAGCGAUCACGAUUCCGCCCUACUCUGAAUUCCUCCGGCGCCUCGAAGACACGGUUGUGGUGCACGAAGAUGUCGACUCUGAUGCCAGCAACGAGCAAGGGCCGGUAUUGGCCUACAAGGUCAACAACCACGACCUCAAGCAUAUCAAGGAGGCGUUGGAUAGCCUGGCCAAUAUCGGCAUGCCCUACUUCCUCUCCACGGAGGUCUAUUCACGCUACAUCCUCGGCAGCCGGCAAGACGUCGGAAAGGGGGCGCACAAGGGAGAGGAGAACAAGGACGAACCGCCCGUCGGCGGGUCCAACUUGAAGGAAUACAUCGGACGGGCUCUGCUGGCGCUCCGCAGAGGCGAGACUAAGGAAGCGAAGCGGAGGAAGCGGCUGAGGCAAGAGAGCCAGGACGAGAUUGACCAGGACGAGAUCAUGCAGGCCGAAUCAAGCGCGUUGGCAGAGACACAAGCUCAGCUCAAUGCCGAGAAAGAGUCAACGAAUAAGCUACGGAUCAGGCUGAAGGCGAGGGACACCAAGAUUGCCCGACUCGAGAAGGAGUUGGAGGACCUUCGAAACAAGGCUCUGCAGGGGACCCCGCAGAGCAGAGUCGAUAGCUCCGAUAUUUCGAGUAGUGACACUGACUCUGAUGAGGAGUCUGUUUCUGGGAGGAAGAUGGAGCAACCUCUAAUACCAGAGGUGAAGAGAGAGCCAUCUAUCAAAUCAGAAUCGGAGGACACCGAUACAGUUUUUGGGAGCUUGGCAUAA